GGACCGAAAACACGUGCUCCGGGCAUGCCGGUCCGAUGUCACUCCACGCCUGAAGUGGAAGAAGGCCCUCGCCUUUUUUUCUGAAUCAACCCAAAAUCUGCGCGGCCUUGGGCCUUUUCCCUUGCUCUUGCCUUGAUACCAUAUUCACCGGCUCGAGCCUAUGGUGGCUACUGCAUCCGCCGCUGCGGCUUCACUUGCAAAUGAGGAAAAGAAACGGAAACAGACGAUGGAGAGAGCAAAGGCGACCCAUCUCUCGAGACAGCUCCAGAUGAGGUUACAGUAUGCGAAGCUCAAGGUUGAGCAUGGCUGGACAAAACAAACUCUCAACGAAGUCGAAAACCUCUACUUCCACCAUUCACAUGUUCGAGGGCCCAGACCAGUGCCAACCAACGAACCGACUUUGAUACUCAGUGAUACCCCUUCUCCUCGCCAGUCUUCCUUGUCAUACAGGUCCAAUAUCUCCCGGACGUCGACGCUGGUUGAUCUCGACCUUCCGACAGAUAACGAGGUCGAGACGACCCCAGACCCCAUGCAGGCAUCAUCAGUAAACUCCUCGUUUACACCACCACCCCCCCCAGCUGUUGCGCCGCUACAGCCGUCGCCGUUUCCUCCUGAUAGCACCUUGUCCAGGCCUAGGACGCAGUCUCCCCCCUCUCGAUCACCCGUGCCUACAGGCAAGACACAAACAAAACCAUGGCCAUCUCCCACGCUCACACCUAAAAGGCAGCCAGCAAAAUUAUUGUCGGCGCCAGAUAUUUAUGGGAAGGGUCAACAAGCGGGACCUGCGUUGACUUAUGAUUCUUUCUGGUCGAAGCACACGUCCGUACCGCAUUAUCGCAGUCUGGGCAGCUUGUCGUCGAGGGGAAGUGUAAGCGAUGUCAUGAACGAUGUCGGAUGAGCAGCGCCAGGAAGACUUGGCAGUUAAUGUGGGCUUAACAAUAUAUAUAAUUAUACCACGCCGAUAUCAUUAUUUGCUUUCGAAUUGCAUUUUCAGUGUAUCACUUUCAGAACUUCCUCCACUCGGGAGGUUGAUGCUUCGAUGCUCGAGUUCGUAGAAAAUAAUGGUUUGUUG